AUGACAAAAAAGAAACUGGCGUUAGGCUUUAGGCCUAUUGAUCCAAAAAAGAGUUUGGCGACCAAACCCAUUUCAAAAUUCUCGUCAUAUCACAUCAAAGAUGAAUAUGGUCAAUUUAACCAGGAACAAGAACACCAACGGCCAUCAGCAUACAUAUCCAAGUAUAUAACCGUAGCAAGCAAAACCACAUCGCUAACGUACGAGUCCGAGGAUGUACCGUAUUACAGUCGUAAUACCGGCAAACCCUUAUACACACUCAAUGAUGAUGUGACGAACUUAAUCAUGGAGAUUGCAAUGGACGAUUAUUCGCAUUUACCACCUGGAUAUCGAAAACCGGGUAAUAUCUAUCUGUCGUCUAUUUGUGCAAAAUGGCGCAGAACAAUCCACGGUAUCCCUUUAUUUUGGACGAAGGUGUCGGUACCUUUAUCGCCCAAAACAUUCAAUACGAUGGAGUGUCUAUUACGUGACUGGUUGCUCCGGUCUGGCACGAUACUGCCUCUGGAUAUCCACAUUUACUCGAAAGACCGCGUGCAAUUAAAACUCCCCAUUACAUUUUACGACCUUCUUCUACAAUCAAGCGAUCGCCUAGCAUCAUUCUAUUGUGACGAGUUUAUACAAUUAUGGCCCAGCAAUAUCCACGUAUCCAGCCAACUAUAUUUUUCCCAUGCAAAAUCGUUACAAAAACUAUCGUUAUCGCCGGGCACGAGCAUAGAUUUAUUAGGAAUUUACUGGGCAAACAUCCACGAGUUUGAAUGGGGAGUGUUUACCGUCAAUGAAGUGAUGGAGGACAUCCAUCUCCUAACGCAUCUCAGAACCCUUCGUAUUCGACUUAUAUCGAAAGGAAUUUUCAGGUCUACUGAUGUACACGCGAAAAAACCGGAUAUCGAUUUACAAUGGUUGACGUGCCUUCAAAUAACUGGCGAUUCAUCAAGUCUAGCAAUAAUUCUGGCGUCUAUCACAACCCCGGCAUUGAUUAGCCUUGCUAUAGAACUGGACUCACCUGGAGAUUCUACUUGGUGCAUAGCCCUGGUAAAUUUGGAAAACCGUGCCAAAGGUAUCAAAACGCUCCGGGAGUUCACGCUCAGCAACGCCAACAUCACAGAGUUCGAGUUGAUUGUCAUUCUAAUGCCGUUGACAUCCCUGAUCACAUUCAAUCUACAACGUCCUGAUUUCAUUGUCAGUGAUCUACUCAUAAAAGCGCUCGCUCCGCUGGGAUGUUCAUUUACGACAUACCUGUUACAAAACCUUCAAAAUUUUACAUGUACUGAUGCUCUGAUCGCGUUCAAUCCAACAGACGUGGUAGACAUGAUGUAUCGUCGUCACGACUGGAAAACAACCAAAAACCAUCUACAAUUCCCUGACAUCGCUAGUCCAAUCCCGAUAACAGAUAUACAGCCGAUAACCAAAUUUAUUACUACAUUCAUCAACAGGGACUGCGGUACCAACAACGAUUUCAACAAAUACAGGAGCAGAUACAAUAUCAGAACACAUAUUCAACAAUUAAAAGAAAAGGGGAUGACGAUGGAUAUUCGAAAGGAAAGUAAAACUUGA